AUGAGUUUCCUUUACGCGAUACUCUUCCUAUCCUUUUCCCUAUUCCUAUGUGUUUUUCUGAAGAAUCGAAAGGUGCGUCGUCAUUUGCCUCCUGGUCCUUGGCAACUUCCAUUCGUUGGCUACCUUCCAUGGAUCGACGAGGAAAAGCCGCACGAAACGCUGACGAAUCUCACCAGAAUAUACGGUCCUGUGUGUGGACUUCGUAUGGGUUCCGUCUACACUGUUCUAUUGUCGGAUCCCCGACUAAUUAAACAGACUUUUGGGAAGGAUGCGUUCACGGGCAGAGCACCGCUUUACCUUACACAUGGGGUUAUGCAAGGAUACGGUCUAGUUUGUGCCGAGGGCGAACGAUGGAGAGAUCAAAGAAAAUUCGUCAGCAACUGUUUGCGAAACUUUGGAAUGGUAAAACACGAAGGACCGAGGCGAGAAAAAAUGGAGAAAAGGAUAUUGGAUGCAGCCAACGAAUGCGUAUCGGUACUGGGAAACCGGGCGGCGAAUGGACCGAUGGAUCCACUCGACUCGCUACAUCACUGCAUGGGCAAUCUUAUUAAUAGCAUCGUGUUUGGGAAAACGUACGAGGAAGAUGAACAAGUGUGGAAAUGGCUGAGACAUUUGCAGGAAGAAGGUGUGAAGCAAAUAGGCGUCGCUGGCCCUCUCAACUUUUUACCCUUCCUCAGAUUUCUACCAAGAUACGGACGAACGAUACGGUCUAUCGUUGAUGGAAAGGAGAGAACGCAUGAAAUAUAUCGAGGUAUACUGGACGAAUAUCGUGCACGAAUCACCACGCAAACGAUAGAAGAAGCAAAUACAACUGAGAGCUUUUUAGCAGCAUUCGAGGAACAAAUGAGAAAGAGAGACACCGCCGAGUCUGGCUAUUACACCGAACCUCAACUCUACCAUUUGUUGGCGGACCUUUUUGGUGCCGGAACCGACACCACUCUUACUACCCUUCGUUGGUUCCUUUUAUUCAUGGCUGCCUACCCUACGGAACAGGAAAAGGUCCAAUCGGAGAUGGAUCGAUGUUUGAAGGAACGAGAGCAACAACCGACUUUGAACGAUCGAAUCGCCAUGCCUCGUCUUGAAGCUGCUUUAGCCGAAGUGCAAAGAUUAAGGAGCGUUACGCCUCUCGGUAUCCCACAUGGAACGUCAGAGGACACGCGAAUUGGUGAUUACGAUAUACCGCGAGGUGCUAUGGUCGUGCCGAUGCAGUGGGCCGUUCAUACCGAUCCUGCUUACUGGCAACAUCCUUUCGAGUUCCGACCCGACAGAUUCCUCGCCGAGGAUGGAACUUUCUUCAAACCGGAAUCGUUUCUCCCCUUCCAAAGUGGGAAACGCGUCUGCGUUGGAGAAGAACUCGCUAGGAUGAUACUAUUUCUCUUUGCCGGAAGGAUACUACGUGCAUUCGUUAUAUCUGUACCACCCAACGAACCUGUCGAUCUCGAAGGCGAGUGUGGUAUCACACUCGUUCCAAAACCACAUCGCUUGACGUUUGUCAGAAGAAAUCUGUAA